UACGACAGUGUGCCGAUCAUAUUCAAUUGUAAGAAGAGAAGUAAAUGUGAUACAUGUCAAAAAUGGUUCAUUUAUUUGAGCAGUUUAUUGUGUGGAUAUGUUUAACAUUAACUACCGAAGUGUUAAUUAUUUGCACCAAUAGUAUAAACAUCAAGUUCGAAGUUCCGUCAAUCAUUAUCUACCAAAAAGAAAACAUCGAGCUGAACUGCCAACUUGCAUUUAACGCUUCUGUUGAUGAUUCGGUAUAUUACAUUAAACUGUUGAAAAACAUUUCUGGCAUUUAUAAAGAUGUUGUCACGGUAGCAUACUCAUCAGAUGCUGGUAUUACCAACAAUUUUCUUCUUGUCACAUGGAGUGACGAUAACUUCAAAUUCAGAGCAAGCGUAAAUGGAUCUGUAAUUUAUCCUGUCUCAGAGGCAAAUUUGAAGUUUAUUAUUACGGCCGAUAAUAUGAUAUGUGGGGAUGGAGGAAGCUACCAAUGUUUGAUCAGUUACUACACGGAUAAUUCGUUUAGUGAAACAUCUACCGGAACUGUGAAUCUAUCAGUGGAGCCAACAACAGUCAACAUAUCAACAAAAUACCCAUUAGAAAAUGAUGUUCUAUUCUCACCCGGGACGGUUGUAGAUUUAUAUUGUAAUGGGACGGUCGGCUCACCACCCGCAUACCUUCACUGGUGUUAUCAACGUAUCGGAGUCGACACCAGCCUCAUACCUUAUCCUGGAAAUAUAAUACAGGAGCCUGCAACUAAAAUGGAGUGCCAGUAUAGUCGUCAGUCUACAUUAUCAUAUAAUAUCACAGAUGACUAUUCGGCUGUCGUUUUUCAAUGCAAAGCUGAAUUGAAUGAUACAUGUUCACCAGGAAAAAUUAAUGCAAAGUAUACACUUAGGAUAAGUAAGUUUAUAUUUAUUUCAUCCAAUUGAUUGAAUCUGUUAACAAAUAUAUUUAGACGGCAGCGUGACCCAUGCUAAGCGAGGGUAUAAAUACGCACCACGUCUGGUAAGAGUGCGGAAGUAAACUCUGUUGUCUGGUAACGGAAAAUUUAUUGAUCUGAUUAUUGAACAGCAAUGUAUCAAUCACUCCAUCACAUGUUCAGGUCCACUGUAACAUUGUUGUUUUUAUCUUUCAUUUAUGUUCAGUAAACAUAUAACCAAUUAGGCUUUCAUCUUUAAUUUUGACCUCUCUCUUAUGGUCUUUCUGACGACAAAUAUAAAACGAUUUUCUACGAUUCCCUAAACAAAAAUAUGCACAAGGGCGCUCAUUAGCUAUAAAAAGGUGCGGUAUCAGUUCCAUUGAAACAAACAAGUAAACCAUUAUAGGUCAAAGUACGGUCUUCAACACGGAGCAUUGGCUCACAUUGAACAGCAUGCUAUAAAGGGUCCAAUUAUUAUUAGUGUAAAAUCAUUCAAACGGGGGGAAAAAACGGCACAACCAAAAGUCUAAUCUAUAUAAAAAAAAUUAAUAAACUGAUGAACCACAUCAACAAACAAAACCUGCUAAAGAUCAGAUUCAACACUUUUUACAUCCUCGUCUUGGUAUCAUUUUUCUUCUCUGACAAGCAUUGCUUAAACAGUAAGUUUAUAAAAUAACCAGGCAGAUACUUCAUCAAUAUCAUAUAUGUAGGUAUGAACAUUAUGAAAUCAUUAUCAAAGAUACGCUGAGCAGUAAACUUGUUCAAAUUUACUCUUUGAUCAGAAAGAAAAUAUAUUCAAGACGUAGUGCGAUCUUUUUUUAUUUCCUGAUAUUUCUUAAAUCUGUUAUUGAUACUGUCUUGUUUUUAAUUAUAAUGUAAUUUUGAUGCAUUUUUCGGGAGUGUGGUUUGUUGCUUUGUUGGUGUUUUGUAUAUUUUCAUAUGCUUGCUUUAUGUAUAUAGCUUUUCAUAUAUAAUCUGAUUAAACAUACUCACCAUCGCGCUUCUUUAUUAUUAACAUUUUAACAACUUGAAUUAGUAAUGCCAUAGAACAUAUUUGACAUAUUACAAAUCUGAUUGCCGAAACCAAACUUAAAAGGUAUGUAUCGUUAUUUCGGUUACAUUUACGA